AUGGCUAUGGUGCCAUAUUCCUCCGUUGUUGGUGGUCUGAUGUAUGCAAUGAUUUGCAUGAGACCCAACAUAACGCACGCAGUUGGCGUUGUAAGCAUAUUCUUGUCUAAACUAGGCAGAGAGCAUUGGAAUGCUGUGAAGUGGAUUCUCAAAUAUCUCAGGGGCACUUCCAAAAUGAGUUUGUGCUACACAAAUGCAGACAUGGCAGGAGAUCUUGAUUCCAGAAAACCUACUUCAGGAUACCUAAUUACAUUUUCAGGGGGAGCAGUUUCGUGGCAAUCAAAGUUACAGAAAUGUGUUGCUCUAUCAACUAUAGAGGCAGAGUUUAUCACAACUACUGAAGCAUGCAAAGAAAUGCUCUAA